AGUCUCCGGCGUGUCGGCGCAGUCGCUGAAGGCUGGAGGAGCGUGAGGCUGCCGCUCAGUGGUGGUCAGCCUAUCACAAGGUGAGCACACGCCCUCCCUCUCCCCGCACCCCAACAUGGUUCCUCGCCUUCCUACGCCCACUUACCUCUGAUCCUCAGGAGUGGAUAUCCGAGGUGAAGGUGCAGUAGAGUCGCCCAGGUGAUUACUUUACCUUCCAAGUGACGCAGAAUCUGGCAGCAGGCGCAGCGCUGUAUUGUGGAAGGUAGAGAGAGAUCAGACGCUAUAUGAUAUUAAAGAGCCUCUUGCUUAAUACAGUGUGUAUAACAUCAGUGUUGAGUUAUAUCAGAAGUGAAUAAGAGCAGUGUUGAGCUUGGAUAUAUUAGAGGUAGUGAAGAGGUGGAGUGUGGCAGAAGGUGGUAGUGUUGUUGGAGAAGUGUGUAGUGGGCAAGGUGGUCAGUGUGGCAUACACACUCUAGGUCAUGCCGCUCUUUGGCUCUAAGAAGGAGGCAGCCAAAAAGUCUACCAAGAAGGAGAAAGAAGAAGGGAAGAUGCCGUCGGUAGAAGACAAAUACCUGCUGAAGGAUCUUCUUGGAACAGUAACUGGUGGCGAACUAUUUGACCGUAUAGUGGAAAAAGGCUCAUACACAGAGAAAGACGCAGCUGAUCUAAUACGACAAGUGCUGGAAGCAGUUGAUUACAUGCAUGAUCAAGGCGUUGUUCAUAGGGAUCUUAAGCCUGAAAACCUACUGUACUUCAGUCAAGAUGAGGAGAGCAAAAUAAUGAUCAGCGACUUUGGCCUCAGUAAGAUGGAAGACUCUGGCAUCAUGGCAACGGCAUGUGGCACUCCGGGCUAUGUUGGUAUGUUUAACAAUUAUUCUCGUGCUAUUUAAUACCACUCCAUUGUUUCACCUUUUGAAAGUGGCGUUAUACAGUGGUUCCACUGUAAUCCUCCUUUCUAUGAUGAAAAUGAUGCCAAUCUUUUCGCACAGAUUCUUAAAGGUGAAUUUGAGUUUGAUUCUCCGUACUGGGAUGAAAUAAGUGAUUCUGCAAAGGAUUUCAUUCGUCAGCUAAUGUGUGUUGAUGUUGAGAAAAGGUAUACAUGUAAGCAGUCUCUCGGUCACCCAUGGAUUUCUGGUAAUGCAGCCAGCGACAGAAAUAUUCACAGCUCUGUGUCUGAACAACUCAAGAAAAAUUUUGCAAAGAGCCGAUGGAGGCAAGCCUACCACGCAACAGCCGUGAUCCGCCAAAUGAGGCUAUUGGCAAUGAGCACUCAGCGUGAGAAAAAGGAGAGCGAGUCCAGUGACACCAACGCCAACACCAAAGCACCCAGUGAAAAUGCCCACUAGUUAUUCUUCAGUUCACUGCUUUGAUUUUUCAUAAGAAAUGUGAUGUGGUUAGGCUGUCUUCAGUUCUUGUUUGCAUUUCAAAAGACUCUGUCUUGCAGUUUCAAUGCAAAAGUUAAGUCUUGUACAAAUGCCAACUGAAUUUCAGAAGUUUAUCAAGCUGACAUCUUUGGUUCUUCUGGUUUCUAGGUUCUUAUUCAGGCUUUGACUGUGGCUCAGCAAGUAGCCUAUAUAGAAGGCUUUAGCAUCUUCUACUUGUGAUUGAUUCUA